AUGGACGACGACGCCAUGGCCGCGAGGCCGAGCAAACGGACGCGCACCUCCACGUCGGCGCGUGGCUGGUCGAACCUCUCGUCCGAGAUCGGCGGCGUCAUCCUGAGCCGCAUGCCGUCCUUGGCCGACCGCGCCCGCUUCGGCUGCGUGUGCCGGCAGUGGCGCCACGCCGCCAAGCAGCAGCGGCGGAUCCUCCCGCCGCCGCUGCCGUGGCUCACCACCUCUCACAAGUGCGUCUUCGUCGGCUUCCCCGACGGCGCCCGCCUCAGCCUCCCCGUCCACAUCCACGCCCGCUCCUGGGAAGCCUUCGACCGCAUGGUGCUCCCGCCCGCUCGGAUAGGCAGGAUCGUCGUGUGCCCGGGCGGCGAGCUCGUCGCCGCCAUGGGCUACUUCGACGGCCACCACACCAUCGCCUUCUGCCGGCCGGGCGUCGCGCGCUCGUGGUCGCCAGCGCCGCCGCCUCCCGAAGGCGCGGAUGAUCUUCUGGAGAUUGUGCUUCACCGCGGGAAGCUGUACGCGCUGUACGACCGCGGCACACUCUGCGCCUACGACCUGGCCGCCGCCGGCGAACCCGGAGCCAGCGUCCGGCUAUGCAUCGUCGGCGCCGAGGUGCCCAAGUCCGAAGCCGAGGCGCGCUUCCUGAUGUUCGACGAGUGGGAGAGGCACUACCUCGUGCCUUCGCCUUCCGGCGGCGGCAGGCUGCUGCUGGUCCGCAGCAAAUGGGGCGAGUCAUUCGAGGUGUUCGAGGCGGACGAAGCCUGUGGGCGGUGGUCGGAGGUGACGAGCCUGGAGGACGACGAGGCGCUGUUCGUCGGCGCGCACGGCUCGAGGGGCCUGCGGACGGCGUCAAGCCACGGCGGCGGCGGCGUGCGAGGGAACCGCAUCUACUUCGCGGACGAGACGUAUCGACGGCGAAUCGUAUUCGCCGGCGACAACCCGGACAGCUUGGGCGUCUAUGACAUGGACACAAAGAUCACCUCCGGGAUUGGUCUGCCGCGCGGUUCAUUCUUCGGUGACUGCAAACCCACUGGGUCAUGGCUCUUCCCCUCGACUGCUGAUCUGUGA